AUCUAGCUGCAAUUCUCUAGCAUCAUAGCCUGAGCUUGUGGGAGCGCCGCUGGGGAGCGGUAAUCACAAAAUCAUACCGGCGCCGAUGGACGGCGGUGGGGUCGCGCCGACCACGACGGCGUCCUGGCUGGCGAGGCACCGCGAGAUGUACAAGCGGGCUACGCGGCACCCGUUCACCGUCUCUAUCCGCGACGGCACCGUCGAUCUGGCCGCCUUCAAACGCUGGCUCGGUCAGGACUACAUGUUUGUGCAGGAAUUUGUUGCAUUUUUAGCUAGUGUGCUGCUCAAGUGUUGCAAACAAUCAGAGAGCUCAGACAUGGAAAUAAUCCUAGGUGGCUUAGCUUCUCUUAGUGAUGAGCUCUCUUGGUUCAAGAAGGAGGCUGCUAAAUGGAGUGUUGAUCUAGCCGGUGUUUCUCCUCUCAGUUCCAAUAUGGAGUACCGCAGGUUUCUCCAAAGCUUUGGUGAGCCAGAAAUCAGCUACACUGUUGCAAUAACUACCUUUUGGAUAAUUGAAACCGUGUACCAGGAUAGCUUCGCUUUCUGCAUAGAAGAAGGAAACAAGACGCCCCCUGAGCUCCUGGGGACCUGCCAGAGAUGGGGCAGCCCUGAGUUCAAGCAGUACUGCCAGGCUCUGCAGCAAAUCACUGAUCGCUGCUUGGCGAACGCACCAUCCGAUGCUGUCAAGAGUGCUGAAGAGGCCUUCCUUCGAGUACUGGACCUUGAGGUUGGUUUCUGGGACAUGAGCAGUCCUGAACGGCAGCAAAAUCCCCAAAAGCCGAGCACCGUGCAGUUACUGGAGUAGGUCAUAUCGUCGGUUCAUACAGAAACCUGCAUUGUACUGUAUUUUCCCCUGUAUCUUGGCUUCUCACUUCUCAGGGCUGCUGAGUGAGGACUUCGAUGCAUCGUUGUAACUUGUAAGUUCAUAUGCGAACUGAAAUAAUUUGUUUCUGUGAAACACCAGAGCAUAUAACUACUGAAAGAUCAUACUGCAA